AUUGAGCUGAACGCAGAAAUUACCACGUCUUUUUCCCCAGUAAACAGCUCAAGAUGACUACAGGGGACGAAAGACCCAGUACACACGUGAUUCAAGUUACAAACAUCGCGCAAAAUGCCACAACUGAUCAAAUGAAAACUUUGUUUGGGUUUCUUGGAGAAAUCGAGGAGAUGCAUCUAUUUCCUGAGUAAGUUUACUGAAUCAUUGGAUCAAAAGCUAGCUCAAAGUUUAUGGAAUAGAUUUACUACAAUAAUUAUGGUGUCGUGUUUUUGUGGAGCAGUAAUGAAACUGGCAACCUGCUGCUUGAAUUAAGUUUUUGCGGCAAGAUGAGUUUAUUGAUUAAUUUGUAUGCCGAGGAAUGAGAUGUCAAAAAUCAACGGUGAAAAUUAUUUUACCAGGCAUAUCUAAUGUAACAAAAAGGAACAACAUUUCAACCGAAGACAAUCGUUCAAAUCAAUUCCAUUAAAUCGUUACAGCAAUGAAACAAAAUCGAACACGGAACCUGUUUGUGAGCUGUAUCAUCAAAUUAUUUAAUUUUGUGUAGAAACCAAGUAAUCACAUGAAACAAAUCAAUGCUUUGGUAAUCGAUUAACAGCUUAAGUCAGCUUGGUCUAGCCAGGUCCAUUUCUAUAAGUGGAGACAGGAUGGGGGGGAUAGUUUACUUCCUUCUAUGGGCUGUUUGGUGAUGUGCCACUUAACAGGGUAUACCUCUUGUCUCUGACUGUGAAUCCUUGGAUUCUUGGGUAAGGGUGUUUUAUAAAUGUCUGAUAAAUGUCUUGCCAAAAUGACCAUUUCCCUCUGGAAACAAGGUUGAUUUUUCCUCAGAAACCUUACUGUCAAACUCAGAAAACCAUGAACACCUGAAACAUUUCAGGAAUGUUGAUUGUGUAGUGACCAAUCACAAUAAAGUUCAGGGCAUGCGAGCAAAAUCCAUUCCAUACAGGAACUUACAAACUCAUGGGUUUUUGCAUGUAUGAAUUUUUCAGAGAUCCCAUGGUCCAUCUUGGCACUGCUACCCGAGUGUGUUUUGUCAAAUUUAAAGAUCCUUCCAGUGUUCAUGUUGCUCAGCAUCUAACUAACACAGUAUUCAUAGACAGAGCCCUUAUAGUUGUACCAGUUCAAGAUGGUGAGUUCAUUGAAAGGGAGUAUCAAAAUAUUGUAUUUGAAAUGUUAACACUCCCUCCUCAUCCCCACCCCCACUAACAAAUCAAGGGAGCCUCUCCUCCCCCUCAUUUUUUUAUGAUUGUGCUCAUUGACCGUAAAAAUGUUCUGAUGAAGCUUUGGUCUGUUACAUGUAUAUUCAGAUUUAGGAAUAAAAGAAUUACCGCAAUUAAAUAGCGUUCUUUUUUUAGACCAGUUUAUUGUAAAAGGUUCUGAAAGUUCAAUUUUGAUUAUUAUUUUGAUGUUUGGUAAAUUAUCAAGUCCUCAUACAAAAGACAUCUUUAAUCUGAGUUUCCUUUUCUUCCGUCUUUUGUUUUCCUAUGUUUACAUGUAUCCUUGUCAAAAGCUCUCCCCAAAUUUAACAAAAGUGAGUUAUGACACCACUACUUUUUCGUACAACUCUUUUCCGUUUAAAAGUGAUUUUAUGUGUUGUACACUGUUAGGGUUAAUUGAAAAUCUCUCCCUGCAAAGUGCUACAGAGUGACAGAUUUUAAAAGGUUUUCAUGUUGUGUUUUUGUCUCCUGUUUCUUUAUCUUCCAUUAUUUGAGCAGCCGAGAAAACCUUAGGCUGGCACCAUAGAGUGUAUGCAUUUAGGAAGUAAGUACAUAUGCUGUAUUGUGUAGGUGCUGCCAGGCAAGGCAUCUGAGACUUAAUAAUAUUAAGGAAAGUAACUUGUUCCCUGCUGGUAUGGUAAAUUGGUAAAUAACCAUGCAUCAGGUUUGUUAUUCAAUGCAGAUUGAAGGAAAGCCUUGAUAAUGGGUUGUGGCCCCAGUAUCCACAAACAAAUUCUCCUGACCGAUCUCUAUACAUUUCCUUACAGAAUUAAUUGAGAGAAUUUGAUAAAAGAUCAAGGCAUUCUCUCUUGGGUGAUCACUUUAUCAAUUCUCAUAACUUAUCUCUUUGACUAUGUAUGGAUAUUGUGAGGAGAUAAUUGAUGUUGGUCACUACUGGGACUUAAAGGGUUAAGUGUUUUUCUUGAUAAUAUUGUUAUUAUUAUUAUUUUCUGCCAAACGUAUGGCACACAUACGACUAUAAAUGAGAAAACAUGCACAUCAAUUUAAAAUUGUAUGAACAUCAUUCUUUUUCAAAGCCACUGGAAAUUUGUCUUUUUCUGAUGUCUUACCCUGCAACAUGACUGUAAUGUCCAUAAUAUAUGCUUCUUUUAGUUGCAGCCAUAUUUUAUUGUCCUUUAAUUUCAUUUUAAUCCUGCAGUUACGAAUGUCACCACUGAUUUUUACACAGUAAAGAAAUUUGACUGCACAAUUGACUUAGUCGGUGCACCAUCUAAGCUUAUUUUGUUUAAUCAGGUACAAUACCAAAUGAAUCUGAAGCAGUACAGUUGGCGGCACCUGCCAGCGCUGUUGCAGGAGGCUUUCCUGGAUCAUCAGGAGGUUUACUACCCACUCCUCCCAUACCUGCACAGGUAUGUACUACCCACCUCUCCCAUAGCUCAACAGGUAUUCUUUCCAUGCCCCCCCCCCCUCCCCAUGCAUGCCUACAGCUGUAUAUGAGCACUCUAGAAACAUACCACUUCAGAGAAAAUAGUUACAGCUGUUUAUAGGUAUAAACCAACCCCCCCUGGACUGGCUGCUUACUUUGACAACUCAGCCGUCUACUUCAAAACUUUCUGACAACCCUGAGUAUGAUGUUAAAGUACAGCCUAGAGAUUUCAUACAUGUAUAUUUACAUCAGUGUAAAAUUGUUCAUUGUUUGGUCUGUAAUUACAUGAAUGAUAAUGAAAUUUAUUAUUGUCAUAUUGUUACAGGUUCCUAUUGUUCCUGGUGUAGUUUCUACAGUCAUUCCCGGGGUGAGAUGUGUUUUUGUUUUAGUACAUUUAAAACCCUCUACCUCUAAGACUAGGUAGAAGUACAUGCAAUCAAGGCCCUAUACCCACAAAUCUGAGUACUUUUGAAACCAGAUGUUUUUUACAUGAAUUGGCCUUUUGUCCUCAUUAAAACUAGUGAAUCCACUCACCCAAACUGCCUCCAGAGCAGUUUAAGGUGCCGUCCACACAAAUCCAGGUAAACAGAUAUGUGGUUUUAAAAAUGUUUGGAUUCAUGUGGAUGGGGCCUCAGAUGACCUACCAUCCCAUCCUUGACUUGAAAUAGAGCUGUACUGUGUUCCCAUCUGAUUUAGAUGCUUAUCUGUCAGAGAUUUUUUAACCCCAAAUUUAUUAUCUUACAGUUUUCACUACAACUCGAAAAAUUUCUUGCAUGCUCAUGUUAUUAAUUUUGCUCUUAUUUGAUUUAGUUGGCGACAACUCUUACUUUACCAGCUCCUUUACCUCCCCCGCCACCACUGACAAAUGUGGAUCCCAGUAAAAUUGAUGAAAUAAGGAGGACUGUUUAUGUUGGUAACCUGGAUACUACGGUAAGAGUGCAAAAAUUUGAAGCUGUAGUUUUCAUAGAGAGUUAUAGUCUAGGCCCUUGCUCGACACUGAACUAUUUUAGUGCCUCAAAAAAAAAAGAAUGGCAGUGAAUUUGAAGAUUGCACAGAAGUAUGAUGCAAGACGAAGGAAGUAAGAAAUCAUUUUAUUCCUUUUACAAAUGUAUGUAAGUGGGGGACUAAAUGUGAAGUUAAACUGUUUGUCGUGUCUACAUAGUUAUCACAGGUGGUACAGACUAUGUGUGCUGAUUUUCCAAGUUGUAGAAAGGAAAGAAAUGAGGAGUUUUAGUAAUGUCCUGCCUGGUUUUCUGGAACUUGUAGGUUUUCCUGCAGGGCAAGUAUCAUUCUAAAAUCAUUUGCUCAGUUGGUACAGGUUUGGGCUAGUCAUCUUGUAACAAAGUCAUUCACUAAGGAAAGCCUGGGUGCUUUUCUAAAGAAGAAGCUUAUUCAACCUUUAUUUAAGCCCUGAAAAUAACUAAACUUGUUUAUUUCUCUACAGCUGUCAGCAGAACAACUCAUGGCAUUCUUCUCCGGCUGUGGUGAGAUCCGUUAUGUUCGAAUGUCGGGAGAUGAUACUCAACCCACCAGGUAUGACCUUCUCAAGUAACCAACUUCUAUUUUCUCUUAACAACACCAAUGCAUAAUUAAGAGGAAGGGUUAUGAGAAUUGAAAGUGAUCACCAGAGGGAAAAUGCUUUGAUCUUGUAUCAAAUUCUCUUUAUUGAUUCUUUAAGGAAAUGUAUGGAGAUCGGUCUGGACAAUUUGUAUGUAGUGAAUUUAUAUGAGCAUUUGUUAUAUUGAGGUUCUUUUUUAUGUACAUGUAUUUUAGUAUCACUGGGGUAAAGAAAAUCAUUAGUUUUAUCAAGGACUUUGAUUUAUAGAGGUUUGUUAUAUUGAGGUUCCACUGUAUCGAGAAAGCAAAAGUAUCAAGUCUAAAUGUGUUCAGUGUACAAACUUACUACUUUAGGACCUGUAAAAAUGAUCAAGAUUUUCAAUGGUAAUUAGGGCAUAGACCCACUAUUUAGAGGGUUUUGGGAUUGCCAGAGAUUUGAUUGUUUUAUAUCGUCUUUCUUGCUUAAAGAUAAAAAUCAACAAGUGCUAGAUAAUUGGUAAAAAUGUUUCCCAUGGAUGUGGUAUUUCUUUAUUAGGUUUGCCUUUGUGGAGUUCUCUGAUCCUGCGGCAGUGACCACAGCUUUGCAGUACAAUGGCGUGAUCUUUGGUGGCAAACCACUCAAGUAAGAUUUUUUUUGUUAUAACUGGUCACAAGAAAUUGCAAAGCCAUACUCAUUAUCUUGUUUAUUUAAUGGAAUGGAGAUGCAAUAAUAUUAUCUUUUACUCUGGGGGAAGGGGGUGUGUUUUUAUGCUUAUGGCACAAGGCAGUGUAUGGUAUUAAAGUCUUCCUUCAUUCUCACAAGCAUGGCCUAUAAAAAGAAACCUAUACAGUGUAGAAGUAAAAAAACACAAUAUGCUCUAUAUGUGAAAUCUAAGCAAAAUGGACAUAAAUACACAAAGUUUUCAGAGUGUGUGGUUAGGAAGGUCAGGCAAGGUGGACAGUAACAAAUACCCACUGGCCACCUUCCAUUUUAAGAGUCUUGAGUCUCUCUCAAGGCAAGGCACUCAUCUCUCCAAACAAGAUGCUCCUCUUGUGAGAAAUGAGAUUAGAUUGGUAACUUACUUUUCAGUGGUACUGUAACCUUCAUCCCAGUCUCAGAUGCAGGUGUUGUGCAGUGGCAGAUCCAGAUUUUCAGAUGAGGGGGGGUGGGGCCUGGUCAUCCAGACCCUGAGAUAAGGGGGAGCCCGGUCUGCAAAAAAAAUUUUUCAGCCCUGCAGGCCUCAGUUUGGUCUAAAAGUAAGGGUCCCCCCUCCCCUGCAUCUGCCACUGGUGUGUGUGGAAAGCAUUCUCAUAUUGUUUCUACGUCACUUAUCAUUUGGAAGAAAAAACACUCAUGAGGCUGAAGAUUUGCUUGUGUCCUUGCGUCAAUUCUCUGUCAAGACUUUGUUGCAUUAAUUUUGUUUGUUUGUUUCUAGAGUUAACCACUCCAAAAAUGCCAUUGUGAAGCCACCAUCAAAAAUAGAUAAGGAUCGGAAAGAUAAUGAUAAGGCCAUGCGACGCGUCAAAGAAGCAUCCUCCUACAUUGAAGAUGAACUAGAUCCAGGUAUUCGUUUAAAUUAAUUAUUUGGUUGAUUUGAAUCAGCUUUUUAAUUUCCACAUCAGACCUUUUCAUUCAACAUUCUCAAAUCUAAGCAAGAUGAAAACUGAGAAGUUUUCAUUUUUGUGAGAUGUUGACAAAAUUAAUUGCCACAGUAAGUGAGUCUACAUGGUCACAAUUCUAAAGAUGGAACCUUUUUCAGUGCGUUUAUGUUUGUUUCUUCUGCCGGAUGGUACAGUUCUUCCAAGUAGUGAAAUGGUUACUGGUCAUUUCAAUACAAAGUUGUUUUGAUACAAGUCGUUUCAAUUUUAUUCAAUCGAGGUGUAAAUAGUUACACGUACUUGGCUUAAAGAACGAAGAUAUUCACCCCAAAUGUUUUUCUUGUUCACUCGCAAACUAUACUGUCUUGAAGAGAACAAAAUUUUCGUGCAGUUUCACAGCUUGGGUUUGUAUCGAUACGACUUGUAUUGAAACAACUUUGUAUCGAAACGGCCGGUUUCGAGUGUAACCUUUAAAUACGUUUACCAGCAUCUAAGUUCUCCUUGCCCUUUUCUCCCCUCAAAAGAAGUCAAAAUUCGUCAAAAUUUCCAAAUUUCAUUUUGUAAAAUGCUGGAAAACAAAUAGUACCUUGUGAAAGUACAACCAAACAGGUUUGAUUUGAAUGGCCACACUGUAGGAUGUCAUUCACAUACUCAAAUUCUCAAAUAUGAAAGUCAUGAAAUCGUGAUUUUUUAUUUAUCUUUUUUUGUUCUCAGCUGACAAAUCAAGGUCUCGCUCUAGGUCACGCUCCAGACGAAGAUCUUCAUCAAGGUAUAGAAGUUUUUAUAGUGUUACAUAAAAAGUUCUACACCUGUAUACAACCUGAGCCAAAUUCAUGUUUGUGUUGUUAAACUGAGAUAUGUAAGGGUGCUUUCCAAAAAUCGUAAGCGCCCUAAGUCUCUUUAAUUUAUAGGGCGUGUCUUUUUAUCUUCAGUUUACGGGACAUGUUUUUUUGAUUCUUAGGUCAAAAAGGCGAAGGUCUCGUUCUCGUUCUGGGUCACGUCGAAGAAGACGGUCACGCACUCGCUCACCUUCCAGGUUAGUUUGAAAGAAAAUUUAUUGUAAGACUAGGCAGUAGCGAUUUGAACUGACUACUGCCUCUUCGCUUGCCUUCUUAUGUUUACCUCGGAGAAGAAAUAAAAAUCCACUCCUUGUUUACGCUAGCUUUCGACUAAGCUCUCCAGUCGAGGGAUGUCGGAAACGUCACCACGCGCGAUAUGCACGCGCGUUUUCUCCCGUUUCACUUCGCUCGCAACUCCAAACUCCUAGCAUGUUCUUCCCGUAGUGACCAAAUAUGCUGUUUAUUGUUUAUAGGGACAGAUACAGGAGUCGACGCAGAUCACGAUCAUCUUCAAGACCAAGAAGUAACCGUCGCUCUCGAAGCAGGUACAGUUAAAAAUAAGUCUUCUUAGAUGAUCGACAGGCCUUAUCGGAUGGCCACAACAUUUUACUGAAAUUUUAAAGCGUCAACAGUACAUUAUUUCCUGUACACUACUAUGUACAGUGAAACACGUAGAUAAAGAACAAAUCGGUUUAAUCCUGCCCUGUUGUAGUCAGAAACCCGACAACCGGAGAGAGCAACUUCCAUGUAUUCAUGUCACAGCGUUUUGACCGACCGGGUUACUUACAGAACGAUUUUGGUGCAAAUUUAGAAGUCCCACAAAAUAGCCAGCAAAACCUGUAGACCUGAACAGGUAUUUUGGGCCUUCAAAUGACGUUUACUUUUCCCCUUUUGAUAUCUUAUAUUCCGAAUGCGCUCAUAGUGGGAGUGUACCUUCCGGGAAAAAAGUUCUCUAAAAUUUAUCUUAAAAAUAAACCGGUCUGUGAAAUCGUCAUGGCAUAGCCCUUCAGGUUUUGGAACACCUAUUAGUAAUGUAGUGCCUCUGGGUCUCCCGAGGUAUAACGCAAAUAUCGUUGUUGUAUUUCUUAUUGUUGUGUACAGAGAAAGGAGGAAACCGCGUCGUUCAAGGUCUAGGGAAAAGCGUUCUAAAUCACGAGACCGCCGCUCAAGAUCACGUGAUCGUUCACGUGAUAAAUCAAAGGAAAGAAAGAGGACUGCGUCACCUGAGAGGUCGCCAUCGAAGGAGAAAAAGCCGAGUAAACAAAAAUCUGAAGCUACUGAGAAGGACGAAGAGAAAGAUGAAAAGAGUAGAGAGGAAUCAGAAGAAAGGACAGAGAAGAGAAGGUCCAAGGACAAAGAAAAGGCUCGAGAUAAAGAAUCAGAAAGGGAAAGAGAUCGAGAAAGGAGGAAAGAGAAGGAACGACAGCGGGAGAAAGAAAGGGAGAAAGAAAGAGAAAAACGAGAAAAAGAACGUGAACGGGAAAGGGAAAAACGUGAGCGUGAGGUAAAAGAACGUGAACGAGAACGGGAGAAAGAACGAGAACGAGAACGCGAUAGAGAUAGAGAUAGGAGAAGAUCAAGGAGUCAUUCAAAGUCGCCAUCACCAAAGAGGUAAGUUGUCCUACUGAUCACAAGCAUCAUUUUCCACUUGUUUGUUCUUCAAUUUUGGAGUGCAAGGCAAUUAAACGUUAAGGCCCCGUUCAGAGCUGGGUAGAUUUGCAAGUGCUGUGUGACCAUUGUUUUCGAACUCUUACCAAAUGCACUCUUACUUGAAACUUGUAGUAGCAUUAUUGAAUAUCCUGCGUUCGAUAUCUAUCUUUUAACUUCUAAAGUGACUCCGAGGCUUUAGGAUCAAAAUUACAAAAGUUUCACGACUCUGUUAUCUCGCAAUUUCUAGAAGAGACUUGAGCACAAGGAAACUAAACCAAAAUAUAGAAAAAUGACUAGAAAUCCUCGAUGUCAAUAUUAGAAUUUUAAUAUAUCGAACGUGGGCUAUUAACAAACCUGUUUGGUUUAUUGGAAUCUUUGCAUCUGUCAGAAAUUGGCAUCCAUUUACCUUGUUUUUCUUUGAGGAACUUAUCUUUUAACUCUGACCUCUUUCUAGAAUUGGUGUCCUUCAUACAAACUAAACUUGUUUUUGUUUUGUUAUUUUCUUAACAAAACAGACAUCAUAAAAAGAAAAAGGAGAGAAAAGCAAGAGAGAAGAAAUACAGCAGCUCACAAAGCGCUGACGAAGAAAGUGAUAAGGAGAGAAACUUUGCAGGUAACAGUGUAUUCUUGAUUUGCAACCACUUGACAAGGCGGCCAAUGUUGGUGGUGUGUUGGUGGUCAAUACAAUAUAAUUUUUUCUCGAAGAAUUUACAUGAAAAUGGAGUUUAGUUCCCACCAACAUGGCCGCCGUAACGUUCAGGCUGAGCACUUCAGCUUCUGUUGUGUACUGCAUUUACAAGUAAACUGUGUAACGGCGGUCUAGUUCGUUGGGUAAUAUUGUCGUUAACGCGUCUUUAUUGGCUAAGGAACGUAACGUUAGCGAGGAAUGUAGUUGUAAGUGAAAAAAAACCACAGCUUCAUUUGAAAAAUGUCUCACAAAGCAUUGUAUCAAACAACAAAAAUGAACUUUGAAGAACUUUUUAGUCUAACAAGUUUUCAAAAACCACAAUUAUUGCAGUCUGUUUUAAUGAUCCUCUUCUAUAUAUUUACUGAGCAGUUUAUACCUUCGUUUAAUGUUUUGAGCAGUUAUUUUUAUGUUUCACUCAAUGUUAAAGUGCGCUAAUAUGUUUGAAUUUUGAGAAAUUUCGUCACACAGCUCCUUUAAGCUUCCUUUGAUUCUUGCCUUAGCAGAUAGUGAGGAAGAAAAGGAGAAAUCCAAGAGAAGUAAACGACAUGGAAGUGUGGACGACCAGGAUAGUGAAGGUUCGGAUUACAAAAAAAGCAAGAAAAAGAAGAAGAAAUAUGCUGAGGAAGAAGAUGAUGAAAUGUCUGAUGGUGAAAAGAGAAGAGAUGAAAGGGAAGAAAGAAGCAAAGAAGAAAAAAGCCGAGAUGAAAGAUACAGCGAAGAAAGAGAAGACAGAGAUGAUAGACGAUCCAAGAAGAAAUCACGAAGCUACAAGAAGAAGCCUGUCAGUGCAGGAGACUAUGAUAGUGAUAGUGAUUAGCGACAUAAAUAAAGCUUUAAAGUGUUGCGAAAGACGCCCUUGAGUUGCAAUAGUUUGUUUCGGAAGUCCAGAAACCGAACGCUGAGUCAAACUGGCUUUGCAGAACAGUGUAAACGACUGAUUGGUCCACAGCUUAUACAAAGCUUUUGCAGUGUUGAAAAAUGGAAGAACCUUCCAGAUUAAAGCUUAAACAAAAAUAUUGUAGCGUAACGUUCAUGAAAGUAAAUUCAAACACCGGUGUUUUAUACCCAUAGACUCAAGUGUUCUGUAAAGUUCACAGAUGUACGUCGAGAAAUAUUGUAUUUGUAUUUCCAAGCUUUGUCUUUCCUGUUGGCAGUUUACAUUGUUUAUCUCACUGUUCGUCGUUUUGAACGAUGCCUUACCGAUCACAGUUCGGGUUACAUCUUAGAUGUUACAAUCUAUUGUAAUAAUUAAACAACUGAGAGAUGAGAUGAAGAAGAUGAAGCAUAGGUUCAAGUUGAAGAGAACCGAGUGUUUGCGUUUGUCUUGAAGUACCAUCAUUUCCUUUCAAAUUAGUGUCAGUUGAACAUUUAGUUGACCCCCUUUCUCAGCGUAAAAAGUGGUUAAUGUUAUAAUCUGCAUGUUUCUUAACUUGUUUAUCCCUCACACGAUUCAAUUCUGAAAAUAAUAAAGUUUUAUAAC